AUGCCCGAACCAGCGAAAGCCGCGCCCAAGAAGGGCUCCAAGAAAACCGUCACCAAGACCGCCGGCAAAGGAGUCAAGAAGCGCAGAAAGGCCAGGAAGGAGAGCUACGCUAUCUACGUGUACAAGGUCAUGAAACAGGUCCACCCUGAUACCGGGAUCUCCUCCAAGGCUAUGGGCAUCAUGAACUCCUUCGUCAACGACAUUUUCGAGCGUAUCGCUGGUGAGUCCUCUCGUCUGGCUCACUACAACAAGCGCUCCACCAUUACCUCCAGGGAGAUCCAGACCGCCGUGCGCCUGCUGCUUCCCGGUGAGCUGGCCAAGCACGCCGUGUCCGAGGGUACCAAGGCCGUCACCAAGUACACCAGCUCCAAGUAAAGCGCCUUAGUCGCUCUGGCAAACCAACGGUUCUUUUAAGAGCCACCCAUCUU